CCCACCCCCCGGCGGGCCGCGACCAUGUUCAGCGCGAGCCAGUCGUCCCGAGCGCAGUUCCUGGACAAGGCGCGGCAGGCCCGGGAGGAGCGCCGGGGGCUGAAGGAGCGGGAGCGGGCCGCCGUGCAGAUCCAGGCCCUGACCCGGCGGUUCCUGUGCCGCUGCCGGCUGCAAAGGGAGAUCAGGAGAGAAGUGGAUGACUUCUUUGUGGCCAGCGAGCCCGGGGCGAGCAAACGAAGCGCGCUGUCCGUCUUCAGGACUGCCCGGAAGUUGCUGUUUGUGUUCACGCUUCAAGAGGACAAAGAGAGGAUUGAAAAGUUGUGCCGCUGUAUCCUUAAUAGCAUGGAUGUUGAGAAUGAACCCAAGGUGUGGUAUGUGUCCCUAGCACUUUCUAAGGAUCUUACGCUCUUGUGGAUCAAACAGAUCAAAGACAUUCUGUGGUUUUGCUGCGAGUUUCUCAAGCAGUUGAAGCCGGACAUCUUACAAGACUCCAAAUUGGUCAAUUUGCACCUCACAAUGCUGGUCACCUUCACAGACACCUCUACAUGGAAAAUACUUAGGGGAAAAGGAGAAACCCUGCGCCCUGCUAUGAACCACAUCUGUGCAAAUAUCAUGGGACACCUCAAUCAAAAGGGAUUCUACUCUGUGCUGCAGAUUUUGCUAACAAAUGGCUUGGCAAGAUCCAGACCAUCCCUGUCCAAAGGCUCUUUAACUGCAAUCUUUUCUCUUGCAUUGCGCCCUGUGAUUGCUGCUCAAUUUUCUGACAAUCUGCUGAGAUCUUUCCUGAUUCACAUCAUGUCAGUGCCUGCUAUAAUGACUCAUCUUGCUACUCUAACCCCUGAGCGCCUGGCAGUGAUAGAAUCUCAUGGCCUUUUCCGCAAAUUCAUCUUGUAUCUAAGUCGCGAAGCCCAAUGCCGAGACGUAUGCGUGUGUCUGGAAGGAAGUCACACUCUUUGCUUACUGGGCAACCUGGUUUACCUGGGCUCCUUGAAUGACAAGGUGCUGGAAGAGGAGACAGCUUUCUUUGUAAGCGUACUCAUUCACAUGCUCUCCUACUGCCAGAAGUAUGUGUCUCAAAAGAAGUCCAACCUCACGCACUGGCACCCCGUCCUGGGCUGGUUCUCCCAAACUGUGGAUUAUGGCUUAAAUGAGUCCAUGCCUCUGCUGACUAAGCAACUGCAGCACCUCUGGGGUGUCCACAUGAUCCGCACCCUCUUCAGUGACGUUCUCAGCAAGAAGCUGCUGGAAAAUCCAGAAACAGCCCAUCCAUCAGUGCAGCCUGCUUCCCCUCAGAACAGCCUUCCCAUGAAAAAUCUGUUCAAGCGAGCCUUCCAGAAGUCUGCAUCAGUACGCAACAUCCUCAAGCCAGUUGGAGGCAAGCGGGUAGAUUCAGUCGAGGUGCAGAAAGUGUGCAGUAUCUGCGUCCUCUAUCAAACCACGCUGGCGACCCUCACACAGAUCCGGCUACAGAUCCUCACAGGCCUCACUUACCUCGAUGACCUAUUACCCAAGCUGUGGGCUUUUAUCUGUGAGCUGGGACCCCAGGGGGGCUUGAAGCUUUUCUUGGAAUGCCUGAAUAAUGACACGGAGGAAUCCAAGAGACUGCUGGCCAUGCUGAUGCUGUUCUGCGACUGCUCUCGGCACCUUAUCACAAUUCUUGAUGACAUAGAAGUCUAUGAAGAGCAGAUCUCAUUUAAACUGGAAGAGCUCAUCACCAUCUCCUCUUUCCUAAACUCCUUUGUAUUCAAGAUGAUCUGGGAUGGAAUUGUAGAAAAUGCCAAAGGAGAGACACUGGAGCUUUUCCAUUCUGUUCAUGGCUGGCUGAUGGUGUUGUAUGAAAGAGACUGUCGCCGGCGCUUUGCUCCGGAGGAUCACUGGCUGCGGAAGGACCUCAAGCCCAGCGUGCUCUUCCAAGAGUUGGAAAAAGACAAGAGGCGAGCUCAGCUGCUCUUGCAGUACAUCCCUCAUGUCAUCCCCCACAAGAACAGGGUGCUGCUUUUCCGAAACAUGGUUACAAAAGAAAAGGAGAAGCUGGGGCUGGUUGAAACCAGUUCUGCAUCGCCUCAUGUCACACACAUCACCAUCCGCCGCUCCCGCAUGCUGGAGGAUGGGUACGAACAGCUCCGGCAGCUUUCUCAGAACGCCAUGAAGGGAGUUAUUAGAGUGAAGUUUGUGAAUGACCUGGGGGUUGAUGAGGCUGGCAUUGAUCAAGACGGCGUGUUCAAAGAGUUCUUGGAGGAGAUCAUCAAGAAGGUGUUUGACCCUGCACUCAACCUCUUCAAGACUACCAGUGGUGAUGAAAGAUUGUAUCCUUCCCCAACAUCCUACAUCCAUGAGAACUACCUCCAGCUCUUUGAGUUUGUUGGGAAAAUGCUUGGGAAGGCUGUGUAUGAGGGAAUCGUUGUGGAUGUUCCGUUCGCUUCCUUCUUCCUGAGUCAGCUGCUUGGGCACCAUCACAGUGUCUUCUACAGCUCUGUGGAUGAACUUCCUUCCCUGGACUCCGAGUUCUAUAAAAACCUCACCUCCAUCAAGCGCUACGAUGGAGAUAUCAGUGACUUGGGCUUGACACUCUCCUAUGACGAAGAUGUGAUGGGUCAGCUUGUUUGCCACGAACUUAUUCCUGGAGGGAAGACCAUUCCCGUUAGCAACGAAAAUAAGAUCAGCUACAUCCACCUUAUGGCCCACUUCCGGAUGCACACGCAGAUCAAGAGCCAGACGGCUGCACUCAUCAGUGGCUUCCGCUCCAUCAUCAAACCCGAGUGGAUCCGCAUGUUCUCGGCACCGGAGCUACAGCGGCUCAUCUCUGGUGACAAUGCUGAGAUUGACCUCGAGGACCUGAAGAAACACACAGUGUACUAUGGCGGCUUCCACGGCAGUCACAGGGUCAUCAUCUGGCUUUGGGACAUCCUAGCCAAUGACUUCACCCCUGAGGAGAGAGCGAUGUUUCUCAAGUUUGUCACCAGCUGCUCCCGGCCUCCACUUCUGGGCUUUGCCUACCUCAAGCCUCCUUUCUCCAUCCGCUGCGUAGAAGUCUCAGACGAUCAGGACACUGGCGACACACUGGGCAGCGUGCUACGGGGCUUCUUCACCAUCCGCAAGAGGGAGCCGGGUGGCCGGCUCCCCACCUCUUCCACGUGUUUCAACCUGCUCAAGCUUCCCAACUACAGCAAAAAGAGCAUCCUGCGGGAGAAGCUGCGCUAUGCCAUCAGCAUGAACACCGGCUUUGAGCUGUCGUAGCUGCCUUGCCCCCACGGGCUCUGAGCCACCUGCCAGCACCAGAGACACGCAGGGCAGGUCAGCACCCAAGGGGGUGCUGCUUGCCAGCUCCAGGACUGGAGAGAUGCUCAUGGUAAUAGAGAGAGCCCUUGGUCCCACCCGGUGUGGGAGCUGCCUAGGCUGCCACUAGAUCCCUAGGGUAGGCACCAGGUCUGAUCCCAACGCGCUUCACUUAUUGCCAUGUAAAUUAUUAAACACCAAACCCAGGGGAGACUUGGGGUAGCGCCCAGGCCCAGCAGGUCUCAUGCCCGAGACACAACCUGGUGUCAGUGUGUGGCAGGCAGGGAGGAGGUCCUGCUAUGUGGCUGGGCAGACACUGCUGCAAGCAAGGCCAUGCACUAGAUAUGCCUUUGGCUGCACCAGGGCAGGAGUGUGGUGGAGCCUGCUACAAGGCUGUCUCCACUGUGCAGUGCCUGCUCCCCAACCCCCUUCACUCAGGUCAGGCUUAGCAAUGGGGAUUGACUACAGCCCCGCGUACCAGGUGAGGCCCUUGUGGUGGACUCUGAGCAAGAAGGUUUCCCUGAUCUGGAAAAGCUGCAGCCAGCACUGGCAGGCACAUAAAGCCUCUGCUCUGAUGUGACGGCAGGGUGAGAGUACAAAGCACAGGUGUGCAGCUGGGAGCACCGGCCCCUUGCACCUCUGCUUAGCUCCACGUGGCUGGAGAGGGACCAUGCUCUGCUUCCCAGGCAGUACACAUAGCUUUCUUUUUGCUUUCCUCUCAUUGCUGGGCAGGAAAUGGAGAGGCACUGGUGUUGCAUCCAGCUCCUGGUAAGCUCUGAAACCUUCAGCUGCCCCUGUGUGUGAGCGGGAUGUACUGAUCUGCCAGCAGCCCUCCCGCGUGCUCAGCGAAACCCCUGUUCUCUGACCUUCGUGGAGAUUUUGACCUGGUUGCCCUCCUGCUUUCUGGCUGCGGCCUCUGCAUAGCACAGUGGCACUUGCCUGCCAAACUCUUCGAUAGUUUUGGUCUUGUGGUUAGCUGAAGCUCCUGUGCAACCACACGGCUUUUCAAUCAGCUUGUUCUCAACAGAGGGCUCCUUUUCAGGAAAGAAACCAUUGUACAGGCUGCACGUAGCUUUGCAGUUCUGACCUCUCACGGGCAGGUGGGUUCUGCCUUCAGCCCAAAACCCUUAUACUCUGCAGCAGGACACUGCAUGGGGUUCUGGUGUCAGGGAAACCACCAUUUAGUCUGAAAUUUAGAUAGAUUUUAUUUAACUUCCUCCGUAUCGUGCCUCAGCUCCUAGUGGUUGCAGCAUGAGCUCCUUUUAACGCUCUCCUUUCCUCCCCUCUCCUUAUCCUUUCUCAUUUGUAUGGGAAAUCCACGGUUUUAACCUGGUGGUGUAACCCUGGGCAGAUCCAGAGAGAGUAGACAUGGAGCAGCGGAUGCUCCAGUGCCAGGCUGCCCACCCUACCUCAUCCUCUCUAGCAAGCGUGAAUGGCAGGGAUUUCCAGCCCCAAGCUGUGUUGUAUAGCACGCCUCUGCACAGGGGGACUGGGCCCCGGGCUGUUGGGCAGGCCCUUUUAAUUGCUGCUGAGAGAGCAGGCAUGAAGCAGACCAGAACAUGCUUUCAACCGAAGCCAUUCGGAGAUGAGAGCAGCAGAAAUGCCCUUCAUGUUCUCUGUCCUGCCUUAUUUAAUUAAUUAAUUAACAAAACUCAAUACCAGUCCUUCUCCACGUGGCUUGGAAAAGCACGUCAGCUCCCACUCGGCUGGGGGCCUUUUGUUCUUACUGAACACUUGCUCGUUAAUAGGAAUGACCUACUCUGUUAAUGAAGGAAAGACUUGCCUGCCUUCGUCUUGCCC